AUGGCUGCCACACGCAGCAAGAUAUGCGGGAUACAAAGGAAUGGGGAGGCGGGAGCGGAGGCGCCCGCAGCACGACGCCGCCGCCCGCGAGCAAGCCCGCGCGACCAACACGACGCCGCGCCCGCGAGCACGCCCGCGCGACCAACACGACGCCGCGCCCGCGAGCACGCCCGCGCGACCAACACGACGCCGCGCCCGCGAGCACGCCCGCGCGACCAACACGACGCCGCGCCCGCGCGACCAACACGACGCCGCGCCCGCGAGCACGCCCGCGCGACCAACACGACGCCGCGCCCGCGAGCACGCCCGCGCGACCAACACGACGCCGCGCCCGCGAGCACGCCCGCGCGGACCAACACGACGCCGCGCCCGCGAGCACGCCCGCGCGACCAACACGACGCCGCGCCCGCGAGCACGCCCGCGCGACCAACACGACGCCGCGCCCGCGAGCACGCCCGCGCGACCAACACGACGCCGCGCCCGCGAGCACGCCAGCGCGACCAACACGACGCCGCGCCCGCGAGCACGCCCGCGCGACCAACACGACGCCGCGCCCGCGAGCACGCCCGCGCGACCAACAGGACGCCGCGCCCGCGAGCACGCCCGCGCGACCAACACGACGCCGCGCCCGCGGGACGCCCGCGCGACCAACACGACGCCGCGCCCGCGAGCACGCCCGCGCGACCAAACACGACGCAGCGCCCGCGAGCACGCCCGCGCGACCAACACGACGCCGCGCCCGCGAGCACGCCCGCGCGACCAACACGACGCCGCGCCCGCGAGCACGCCCGCGCGACCAACACGACGCCGCGCCCGCGAGCACGCCCGCGCGACCAACACGACGCCGCGCCCGCGAGCACGCCCGCGCGACCAACACGACGCCGCGCCAGCGAGCACGCCCGCGCGACCAACACGACGCCGCGCCCGCGGGGACGCCCGCGCGACCAACACGACGCCGCGCCCGCGAGCACGCCCGCGCGACCAACACGACGCCGCGCCCGCGAGCACGCCCGCGCGACCAACACGACGCCGCGCCAGCGAGCACGCCCGCGCGACCAACACGACGCCGCGCCAGCGAGCACGCCCGCGCGACCAACACGACGCCGCUCCCGCGAGCACGACCCGCUGGGCGGACCGCGAACAAACGGGGGUGGGGGGGCCGCCGCGCCCGGAGAGCACGCCCGCGCGGACUCAAGCACGACGCCGCGCCCGCGAGCACGCCCGCGCGACCAACACGACGGCCGCGCCCGCGAGCACCGCCACGGCGACGCACACGCACGGCCGGCGCCCGCUAGCACCACGCCCGCGCGACCAGCACGACGCCUGCGCCCGCGAGCGACGCCCGCGCGACGCACACGACGCCGCGCCCGCAGGCACGCCCGCCGCGCCGCCCGCGCCAACACUACGGCCGCGCCCGCGAAGGCACGCCCGCGCGACCGAACCACGACUGACCGCGCCCGCGAGCAAGCCCUGCGCGACCAACACGACGCCGCGCCCGCGUAG